CUCGGCCCUCCCGGGUCUCCGCGCCGGGAAGCCGCUCCGAGCCGGGGCUUGCCCGGGCCCGGGAGCCACUUACAGCGGCCCGGCAAAGGCUCGGAUGCAAAAGUUGUUUGGUGGCGGCUGCUACGAGCUGAGGACUGGAGUCGCCCCAGAGGGGUGUGUGAGGAUUGUGCCUAUGAUUGGGGAGCCGUUUCUCAGUGCCUGGCUCUUCAUGGCUGGCCAGCAUGUGGAGCACUCUGUUCAUCUGUACAUAUAGGUGUUGUUGCUAAUGAGCUCUCUCUCUCCUCCCCUCUUACAAUGAAAGACAAGUCAGACCCCAGGCUGGAGGGUUGUUUUGCAGUGGUGUUGCACACGUCACCCAUUAAGAGCCCUUUAAAGACCUGGAUUGAUUGGAAGGACAAAAAUUAAAAGCAAUCUGAUCUGGCCUCAUGCAGGAUCCCUGCGGAUUUUCUCCUUAUCCCAUUUCCAUCCACUGUCACAAUUUGAGAGUCUGCCUGAUUUGAUCAGCUUCACCUCCGGGGGAGGUGUGAUGUCAAGGUUAGGAGGACGUGAAGUUAUGGGCAACUUUCUGAGCUGUCCAUCAGCAGUCUGAGAAACGCUGGCUCUGAAUUUUCCGUGCCGGCCUUUUGGAAACAACAAGUUCCUCGCUGUUUGCAAAGCUUCAGUGCUCGGGUCCCUGGGACACCCCGGCCACCCUCGCCUGGUAGAUGUGGCAUUUCCAUGCUGAGGCCGCGAGUCCCGCCUGACCCCGUCGCUGCCUCUCCAGGGCUUCUCUGGGCCGCGCCCCUGCAGACUGCGCAGCCAUGCUGCACCUGCUGGCGCUCUUCCUGCACUGCCUCCCUCUGGCCUCUGGGGACUACGACAUCUGCAAAUCCUGGGUGACCACAGAUGAGGGCCCCACCUGGGAGUUCUACGCCUGCCAGCCCAAGGUGAUGCGCCUGAAGGACUACGUCAAGGUGAAGGUGGAGCCCUCGGGCAUCACGUGUGGAGACCCCCCGGAGAGGUUCUGCUCCCAUGAGAAUCCCUACCUAUGCAGCAACGAGUGCGACGCCUCCAACCCGGACCUGGCCCACCCGCCCAGGCUCAUGUUCGACAACGAGGAGGAGGGCCUGGCCACCUACUGGCAGAGCAUCACCUGGAGCCGCUACCCCAGCCCGCUGGAAGCCAACAUCACCCUUUCGUGGAACAAGACCGUGGAGCUGACCGACGACGUGGUGAUGACCUUCGAGUACGGCCGGCCCACGGUCAUGGUCCUGGAGAAGUCCCUGGACAACGGGCGCACGUGGCAGCCCUACCAGUUCUACGCCGAGGACUGCAUGGAGGCCUUCGGCAUGUCCGCCCGCCGGGCGCGUGACAUGUCGUCCUCCAGCGCGCACCGCGUGCUCUGCACCGAGGAGUACUCGCGCUGGGCGGGCUCCAAGAAGGAGAAGCACGUGCGCUUCGAGGUGCGGGACCGCUUCGCCAUCUUUGCCGGCCCCGACCUGCGCAACAUGGACAACCUCUACACGCGGCUGGAGAGCGCCAAGGGCCUCAAGGAGUUCUUCACCCUCACCGAUCUGCGCAUGCGGCUGCUGCGCCCGGCACUGGGCGGCACCUAUGUGCAGCGGGAGAACCUCUACAAGUACUUCUACGCCAUCUCCAACAUCGAGGUCAUUGGCAGGUGCAAGUGCAACCUGCAUGCCAACCUGUGCUCCAUGCGCGAGGGCAGCCUGCAGUGCGAGUGCGAGCACAACACCACCGGCCCCGACUGCGGCAAGUGCAAGAAGAAUUUCCGCACCCGGUCCUGGCGGGCCGGCUCCUACCUGCCACUGCCCCACGGCUCUCCCAACGCCUGUGCCGCUGCAGGUUCCUUUGGCAGCAUCAGCAGGUCCCAGAAAGACCCCAACCCCAAAGGCCCUGUGGCCACUGCGGCCACCACAGCCAUGAAAGGGGCCCCUACUACUCCUGUCCCCUCCACGUCCACUGCCUGGGCCCCCACGGCUCCCAGCACCCCACAGCCCACAGAGUGGACCAGGCCAUCUACGGCUGCCCCUCUCUCGAGCAGGUGGUCCCAGGUGGCCGCCCGUGCAGAAGCUGUGGGCACCCCUGCCGCUGCCCCUGCCCCUGCCAAGGGCUACAGACUUUUCCAGCUCAAGCCCAAAUCUCCUCAAGUGAUGCCUAUUGAAGAAUUCCAAGACUGCGAAUGCUACGGUCACUCCAACCGCUGCAGCUACAUUGACUUCCUGAAUGUGGUGACCUGUGUCAGCUGCAAGCACAACACUCGAGGUCAGCACUGCCAACACUGCCGGCUGGGCUACUACCGCAACGGCUCGGCAGAGCUGGACGAUGAGAACGUCUGCAUUGAGUGUAACUGCAACCAGAUAGGCUCCGUGCACGACCGGUGCAACGAGACCGGCUUCUGCGAGUGCCGCGAGGGCGCGGCGGGCCCCAAGUGCGACGACUGCCUCCCCACGCACUACUGGCGCCAAGGCUGCUACCCCAACGUGUGCGACGACGACCAGCUGCUGUGCCAGAACGGAGGCACCUGCCUGCAGAACCAGCGCUGCGCCUGCCCGCGCGGCUACACCGGCGUGCGCUGCGAGCAGCCCCGCUGCGACCCCGCCGACGAUGACGGCGGUCUGGACUGCGACCGCGCACCCGGGGCCGCCCCGCGCCCCGCCACCCUGCUCGGCUGCCUGCUGCUGCUGGGGCUGGCCGCCUGCCUGGACCGCUGAGCCCCGCCCGGGGGACGCUGCCUGCACCCGGAGGCCGGAGGUCCCGGGGUCCCGGGAUCCCGGGGCGGGGCCGGCGUCCGAGGCCGGGCGGCGAGAAGGGUGCGGCCGGAGCUGCUCCCAGGUGCUACUUAGCAGGGCCCCCCGCCCGGCCCGCGCUCCCGCCCGCACUGCCCUCCCCCCGCAGCAGGGGCGCCUUGGGACUCCGGUCCCGGCGCCUGCGAUUUGGUUUCGUUUUUCUUUUGUAUUAUCCGCCGCCCAGUCCCUUUUUUGUCUUUCUGUCUCUUUUUUUUUUUUUUUUUCUGGCGGUGAGCCAGAGGGUCGGGAGAAACGCUGCUCGCCCCACACCCCGUCCUGCCUCCCACCACACUUGCACACACGGGACUGUGGCCGACGGCCCCUGGCCUGUGCCAGGCUCACGGGCGGCCGCGGACCCCGACCUCCAGUUGCCUACAGUUCCAGUCGCUGACUUGGUCCUUUUUUCUAUCGUUUAUUUUUCCUGCAACCCACCAGACCCCAGGCCUCACCGGAGGCCCGGUGACCGCGGAACUCACCGUCUGGGGGAGGAGGAGAGAAGGAAGGGGUGGGGGUCCUGGAAACUUCGUUCUGUAGAGAACUAUUUUUGUUUGUAUUCACUGUCCCCUGUAGGGGGGACGGGGCGGGAGCGCUGGUCACCGCGGGGGCCGAUGGUGGAGAAUCUGAGGAGUAAAGAGUUUGCUCACUGCUGCCUCCACGGCCUGUUUUCUUUCUGUGUUGGGGACGCUGGGCAGGUUUGGGGCGUAGAGAGGAAUCCACAACAGAGCCUUAAAGAAACGGUUUCCCCAUUGGGGCCACCAUUUCCCUGGGCCUUUCUGUGGAUUCCAACAGGCAGUCCCCCCCCCCUGCAGGCUUGGCUGGCAGAGUUCUCCACCCCGCGGCCAGGCUGCAGGUGCCCCACCUGUUAGGAGCCUCCCCACACUGAGAGGCUGUCUCCCUCCUUUCCCAAAAAAGAAAUCCGGAGUGUAUUGGCCCUUUUCUACAGAAGUCCAGGGGAAAUGACUCAGGGAGAAUCCUAGUAGAGGUUGAAUCCAAUGCUCUGAUUUAUACUCUGUCUCGAUGGCUACCUCCGAUGGAUGUGUCAUCUCAGACCUGUUGCAGCCGGAGUCUCAAGUCCAGUAUCAGAUGAAGGUGAACCCACAAUUUGGCCACCACCUCCUUCCAGAGUUUCAGAUGGCCAGGUGGGCAGAGGCGGGAAGUGCAGAGACCCCAGGCGUGCCGGCCCUGUCCUCCCUACCUUCUCAAGAUUAGGGAGGGAUGCUGGAGGGGACGGGGCAGCUUGGGAGUGAUGAGAGGAAGCUCCUAGAUUCGGGGCUCAUCCCCUGGGGCCUCUGCUUCGGAGGAUCCAGCAGUUCUCCCAGCCCCGAUUGGUGUCUCCAGCCCUGGGGCCACACUUCCCCCUCGGUCCAGCCUACUGUCCACCUAUGUUUAUUUCAGAGCAGUCCCGGGGGUCCGGUCCUGGUUGCUAACUGCUCCCACUGCUCCACCUGCAGGUGCUCCCAGCACUGGCUUCUGCCACCACACCUGUUCUUUCCUGGCUGCGAGGUUUAGACCUGGGUCCUUCCCUUGAGUCACCAAAGCUAAGCUAAGACCAAGUGGAACAAACUUGGCUUUGGGGACAGCAGGAGAUUACAACACAGAAAAGGAGGGGGAGGUACAACGGGACACUGCAUAGGACUCACAGCGUCCCGAGCCCACACACCAGCCCCUCCUGGCCUCCUCUCUCUGCUCCCACCCCCAGCACCCUGCUGACCCGGAAGUGCCUUCUGCCAGGCCCUGCAUCCUCCUGCAGCUGGCCCAUCUCUACCCUCACGUUCUUCCUUAUGCACAGAACCCCACUGCCUGGGACCCAAAGCGCCCAGAUAAAAUAAAACACCUCUGUGGGGCUUCUUGUGGAUAGGAGUGGCCAGGGGACGCAGCUCUGGGCAGUGAGAUGUAAGCAGGAGUGAUGGGUGGGCUUCCAGAAAGUUCUUAAAAGUCAUCCCUUCCUCCACGCCCCACAAAGCCUCAGCUGUCCAAGUUUGUGGCUCUGGUUUUUCUCUCUCAUCCCUCCCUCUGCUCUUCACUCAGCAGGAUGGGGAAGGAGCCUUCCUGAGACACUGAGCAUAAGAGUGUCAUCCUCGGGACAGUGAAGGGUGGAGCUGGGGGUGGAAGUUGCAGAGCCUGGGACACCUGCCUUGGCUGCAACCUCUGCACUGCUUUUAUUUAUCUACUAAUUUUUAUAGAGUUGAGGUCUCACUGUGUUGCCCAGGCUGGUCUCAAACUCCUAGGCUCAAGUGAUCCUCCGGCCUCGGCCUCCCAAAGUGCUGAGAUUACAGGCGUGAGUCACCGCACCGCCUGCCUGUCUUACUGUGUGAGAAAAAAAAUAAACGUUGAUGUGAUUAAAACACUAGAA